AUGAAAAAAGGUCUUAGCGACGAUCCCAGGGUGGGUGCACCAAAAACGGCAGUCACACAGGAAAACAUCGAUGCUGUACGCAAACCCAUCAUUGAAGAUAGACAUGUGACAUAUCGCGAGAUUGAGGCGUCCUUGAAGAUCUCAAAGACCUCAAUUCAAAAAAUUGUACAUGAAGAAUUAGGAGUAAGAAAAUUAGUUUCUCGUUGGAUACCCCACCUGUUGACUGAAGAGCAGAAAGCAGCCAGGGUUAAUUGGUGUCAAAAAACGCUUGACCGUUUUAAUUCCGGAAACUCAAAAAAUGUGUACAGCAUUGUUAGUGGUGAUGAAUCGUGGAUUUACUGUUAUGAACCAGAAAAUAAACGACAGUCGGCUGUUUGGCCAACAAAAGUCAUCCGUUCUCGAAGUGUUUCGAAAAAGAUGGUCGCGACAUUUGUGUCAAAAGCGGGUCAUAUUGCAACAAUUCCUCUUAAUGAGCAAAGAACUAUUACUGCGGAUUGGUAUACGACCAUUUGUUUGCCAAAAGUUAUCACCGACCUGCUAAAAAUCAACCCCCAAAGAAGAAUCAUCCUCCACCAGGACAAUGCAAGCUCGCACACAGCCCAAAAAACAAGGCAGUAUUUAACGGAAGAAAACGUGGAAUUAUUGGACCAUCCUCUAUAUAGUCCCGAUCUAAGUCUUAACGAUUUCUUUACUUUCCCGAAAAUUAAAAACAGACUGCGUGGUCAAAGGUUCCAGUCAGCAGAAGAUGCAGUUGACGCAUUCAAAAAUGCCGUGUUGGAUCUGCCAGCAAACGAGUGGAAUAAGUGCUUCGAAAAUUGGUUUGAGCGCAUGCAGAUGUGUAUUAAUCUUCGUGGAGAAUACUUCGAAAGACAAUAA